CGCAACACUAUUCUGUGACGUAACAGAGCAACCAGUGAGGACAGGACGUUUUCCACAUUCACCUCGUCUGGAAUAUGACGUUGUUUGUGGAAAUACUGCACGCCUAAGGGACACAAACUCACCACACGUUACCGAAUACAGAUUUACGUGAUUGCGCCUUGAAAAUGAAUUAGUAUUUCUUUUAUAUUCGCUCUAUAAACAACUCUCUCCUCACUUAAGGGCAACGGUAGCAUAUUAGCCGUCCAGUCUUAAAGGUCUAUUCUGUAUCUAAAUUGUUGUAUUAUUCGUUAUGAUCGAGUAUUGUGUUUACUAACAUGGGAUAUGAUAGCGAAUGAAAUUUAUCAAUCAUAUAUCUACGAAGAGGGACAGUGUAGCUGUUUAGAAGUGCUAGUUAGCCAGCUAGCUGAGUCAACGGAAGUGCUAUGCAUCAACUUGCCUCUGGUCCUCGCACAGGCAGUCAGACCGAGCCUUUACUGUUAAACUUAAGCUGUUGUGUGACUAAAAUUUAUAUUGAGUUCUUUAAUUAGUUAAUAAAUGAGCUUAAAACUCUGGUACGUGCGUUACAUGGAAAAUAUACAAUGUCGAGGAUUCUUCUGGUCCUGGUUAUGCUUGGAUGCAAUGUUGCUGUUGAAGAUGCUCAUGCAUUUGAUGAACCGAUCACCAGACUUGGGAAUGACAGACCGGGGGAGCAUUGCUCAGGGAGAGUGGAGGUGCGUCACGGGCAUCAGUGGGGCACUGUGUGCCAGCAGGGUUGGGAUCUGGAGGAUGCCGCUGUGGUUUGUAGAGAGCUUGACUGUGGGUUUGUUUUGGACAUUCCGAAUGGGGCUCGUUUCGGACGGGCCAGCAGAGAGGUGUUGUGGAGGAAUGUAAAAUGCUCGGGCGAUGAGUUUGCCCUGGACCUGUGUGAACGCACCCUCAAUGAUGGGGUGUGUGCACACAAUGAGAAUGCGGCAGUGGAGUGCACAGGUAAACUUCCAGCACCAACCUUGUCUAUUCAGUCGCGCUUCUAUGCCUAUUCAACUGGCGAGACUGUUCACUUUAAAUGCACUGCCCCAUACUUGCAGUCUGUCAUUGACUUCCAUCUGUACAAAAGAGGAGUGGACACUCCACUGGUGACCCAGCGAGCUGAUCCCAGGCAGAUGACGGGGGAUCUGAAACUGUCAGACUUGGAAAUCUCUCAUCAGGGCAGCUACUGCUGUCUGUACAGAAUUUACAACAAACUGGGAAACUCUCCCUCAGGAAAUUCUCCACACAGCAACUUCAUUAACAUCACAGUCUUGGAGAUUCACACUCCUCAAAUCUGGUACAACUCGUCACCUGAAGCCCGUCCAGGUUGGGUAAUCCGUGGCUACAGUUUCAACGUCACUUGCUCCACUCAGCAUUUGUAUCCUGGAGGCUCCUUCCAGCUGCGGCUCAUAAGACCCAAUGGUACCAUCCGGCAUUCUCUGCCAGCCCUUGCUCCCUUCGUCACCUUCACCUUCUCCAAUGCCCAGUUCAAUAAUGAGGGCUACUACUGCUGUCUGUACAAGGUCCAGACUGGAGACCGGACGUUUAUCUCGAGAGAGAGUCAGCCUUUACCCAUCUCCAUCCGAGAAGUGGAUCCGGUAAUGAGUCCAGUGGUAAUCAGUUUGCUGGUGUCCGGUCUGACGUUUGUGGUGGCAACAUGUGCCAUUCUGAUUGUUGCCAAAGUGUUCUGCAAAAGAGUGAGGAAACCCACUGAACUGGAACGAGAGAGCAGGACCUGUGUUGACAACACUUACAUUGCCUUGACAAUCAAGUAAUGGGAGUUUAAAAGUAAGGUAA